CAUUACCAUUUUGCCCUAAUGUCUUUAUAGUGUUGUGAUUAUUAAUGAAGAUGGCCUUUGAACUGCCUAGAUUGAAGAAGUGUUGUUGUUGUUUACCAUUGAGAGCAGGAUCGCUUGUUAUUGGAUAUCUUUCUACUGUAUUUUCACUGUUCUGUCUAGGUGUUCUGUCCUUUUCACUCUACAAAGUUGUAACAUUUGUUCAAACACAUCAAAACGACCCGGACCCGGAACACACGCCCGAAGAAUACGAACAAGUUUCUAAGAGUCUUUACAUAACCCAUGCGUAUAUGAUAAUAGUAUAUAUAUACUAUUUAAUAAUAAGCUUAUUUCUUAUUACUGGUAUUCACAUGAAUAAAACGCUCUUUAUGAGGUAUUACUAUAAUUGCGGUUUGUUCCUGCUAAUGCUUGCUCUGGCGACUGUUGUUGUGUCGACAGUAUUUCUACACUUCAUCGCCACUAUAUUGCUACUUAAAUGGUGUGUGAUAAUUUUCUACUGUCUGCUAGUGGUACGAAGCUCAUACCUAGAGAUAGAAGAAAAAAACAAUCCAAGAAAUUUCGAAAUGCAGAAUCUAUACAUUCCACACAGGGCUCCACUUCUAUUAUAAUAUUUUUUUAUACUUUUAUAUAACAAAAUCAGUAU